AUGAACAUGGAAACCUUGUGGGAAAACAGUAACCAAAGCUACCAAGGAGAAUUCAUCUUGCUGGGAGUAGCUGACCGGCCACGCUUGGAGAUGUUACUCUUUGCCCUUGUUCUUGUCUGCUAUUUGAUGGCACUCUUGGGCAACACAACCAUCAUUAUAGUAUCAAGACUAGAUCCAGGCCUCCGUACCCCCAUGUAUUUCUUCCUCAGCAAUCUUUCCUUAAUUGAUAUCUGUUUCACCACCAGUCUUGGGCCACAGAUUCUGAUGAACUUCUGGAGAAAAAGCAAGACCAUCUCUUAUGGUGCCUGUGUAUCUGAGCUCUACAUCUCUCUUGCCGUGGGCUCCACUGAGUGUAUUUUGUUGAUGGUCAUGGCCUAUGAUCGCUAUGCUGCCAUCUGUCAUCCACUGCACUACACUACCACUAUGAGCCACUCUCUGUGUAUCACAAUGGCUUCUGUCUCCUGGAUAAGUGGCUUCAGCCAUUCACUAAUUCAUACCGUGAUGAUUCUUAGGCUUCCACUGUGUGGGCGAAAUCAGGUAGAUCAUUUAUUUUGUGAGCUCCCUGCCUUUCUUAAAUUGGCUUGUGUUGACACUUCACUUAAUGAGGUUUUGGUACUUGCAGGUAGUAUAGUGUUCCUCCUAGUACCAGUUAGUCUCAUC